AGAGCCCAUGACAGACCCGGGGAUGAAUAAGCUCACUCUUGGGAUAGCAGGGCUACUGUUGGGUCUGGUCUUUGCUGUUGCUGGACUCAUUUACUACAAGAAGAAAUCCUCUUUGCGGGUUUUGGUGCCAACAACUGAGUUGAAGCAUGUUGCUCUGUUCCGACGCAACAAUGAAGAUCUGCAGCUCAGACAUGAAGCGAUCUGCUCUCAUAAUGCUGAUGCUCAACAGCUUCUGUGCCUUCUCAUAUGUUCCACAUGAAAUUACCUGUUUUGUGGGCUGCUUUUUGAACGGCACAACUGAGGUCCAGGCUGAAUUUGAUGCUGCAGAGAUUUUGUAUGUGGAUUUCCAAAAAGAGGAGGUUGUUUACACCUUCCCCAAAUUUGUUGAUGUUGAUCCAAGUCAAGUUUUGGCAAGUUCGAUUAUAAUUAAUUAUGCUCUGACAUCCAAAGACUUCUGUUUAGCCAUUACUGCAGGCUGCGCAGCAGUGGAGAAUAAUCCACCAGAAGAAAAAGAGGCCCCUGUGAGUGCCCUCUACCCUGCAGAAGAAGUUCAGCUGGGAGUUGAAAACACCCUCACCUGCUUUGUGAAUCAUUUCUACCCACCUGACAUCAAAGUCAGCUGGACGAAAAAUGGUCAGCCAUUGUCGGAGGGGGUGUCACUCAGUCGAUAUUAUCCCAAUAAUGAUCAAACCUUCCACCAGUUCUCCACCUUGACAUUCACACCGACAGAGGAGGACAUUUACAGCUGCACUGUGGAGCACUCAGCCCUGGACAGGCCGAUAACAAGGAUUUGGGGUGAUUAUUUUACCUUUCUCACACCAGAUAUCGUCUUUGGAGUGGGCAUGGCUGUGGCUUUGCUGGGAAUUGCAGUUGGAGUAUUUUUGAUUGCAAAGGCACACUAUGAACAAAAUUCUCUUAGUCACUGAUUAUUUUAGUGAUAAUCAGCUUUGCAUUUAUUUAUAUUUAAUGACUGCAUGACUUUGGUGUGCAACAUUUAUCUUCUAAACCUCAUGGGGACAUUAUUGUAUCACUUAAACAUUAAACGUCAGAAUUAACAUUCGAUGUAACACCUUUCUGCCUUUAGAUGAUGAUAGCUCUCCCUAUAAACUAACAGUAGAGAGUAGAAGGAUUGCCAUGUGACAUGCAUGUUAAGUUGAUAAGUUUGUACAUACACGUGCUUUAUAUUCUUAUAUUUCUCAUACCACAAGAUUCCUGCUAUUGCUGUAGUUAUUUGAGUGAACAUGUGAAAGAACACAGUACACUUGUUUGCAUCAUAAAUAAACAAAACAGUG